AUGUGUCGGUUGACGUUGUUUCUGUGCUUCCAAGCAUUUUUAUUGAAUCAAGCCCUCGCCGGCCCGGUGCUGCAGCUGGGCAACAACCUCGUCCUACCCGGCAACCUACAAGUCGCCGGCAACCAGCAAUGCCUCACCAACAACGUAAUAAUCGAACCUUGCAGCCAAGUGGUCACCGAAGUCGUUCCCUCUCUCCAAUGCGGCGAUGUCUCUGUCACCGGUGACUUGCCUAUUGGAGGAACCAUCAGGGUAACCGGUUGCUUCCCUGUUUACGGGGUGGUUGCCGUUGACGGAGCGGUUCCUUCGGCAGGAACGGGUUACGUCAACCAUGCGUGCGGUUGCUCAUAAAUUUAAUAAAUGAUUCGUUUUGUAUUGUAAUUUAUUUCUGUUGUUAUUUAUAAGCCUUGAUAAUAAAACGUUGUGAAAAUGUG